AUGUGGCCAAGAUUAGUAGCUAACAAGAUUCUGAGGAAAGGACUGGGAAGCAACAACUUUUUUGCUGAUUUCCCAAAAAACAACUCACAACCUGAUUUGCUGGGGGUUCCAAGCAGAUCUCACAGCUCUGAUAGAGUCCUCAAUAAUCAUCACAAGGAUGUAGAAACCUACGAGGUUUUUGUUAGCACAUGGAAUGUUGGCGGGGUUACACCAAAUGGAGAUUUGAAUAUGGAGGAUUGGCUGGACGCAUGCAACACUCUUUGUGACAUUUAUGUUCUUGGAUUUCAGGAAAUCGUACCUCUAAGAGCAUCUAAUGUGCUGGGAUCUGAGAAGAGCGAGAUUUCAAGAAAAUGGAAUUCACUAAUUAGAGAAGCUUUGAACAAAAGGAAAUGUUACAAAGAAGAAGAUAUGCAAGUGGAAAGCGGCCCGACUGCUAGUCUUAAUGAUCAGGAGUUUGUGUGCAUAGUAAGUAAGCAGAUGGUGGGGAUAUUGAUCACGGUUUGGGUUAGAAGCAAGGUUCGUCCGUACGUCCGACAUCCCAGUGUCUCGUGCGUAGGUUGUGGCAUCAUGGGUUGUUUGGGAAACAAGGGUUCGGUAUCAGUUAGAUUUCGGUUACAUGAAACAAGCUUCUGCUUUGUAUGCAGUCAUUUGGCUUCCGGAGGUAAAGAAGGUGAUGAAAAGCAUAGGAACUCCAAUGUAUCGGAAAUACUAUCUCGUACACACUUUCUUAGAAGCCCUUCACUCGAUUUGCCCAGAAAGAUUUUAGAUCAUGAUCGUGUGGUUUUGCUGGGAGAUUUGAAUUAUAGAGUUUCUUUACCAGAAGCAACAAUCCGAUUGUUGGUACACAGAGGAGAUUGGAGUACUUUACUAGAAAAUGACCAGCUAAGGAUGGAGUUGAUGGAGGGACGAGUAUUUGAAGGUUGGCAUGAAGGAACAAUCCAAUUCCCUCCAACGUACAAAUAUUGGCCUGAUUCUGAUGUUUAUUUUGGAUUCACUCAAAAGUGGCGAGCUCCCGCAUGGUGUGACAGGAUAAUUUGGUAUGGGGAGGGACUAAAGAAAUACUUGUACACAAGAGGUGAAUCAAAUUUAUCAGACCAUAGACCUGUCAAGGCAAUAUUUACUGCAGAAGUUGGCGUCUUAAGAACACUCAAAGGAAUCCAAAGCUUAUUUCUAUCAAACAGAUUUGAGAGAUUUACCCAUCAACUAUCAUUAAACAAGGAAGUCAAUCUUUAUGAUGGAAAAUCAAGUUUCAAGUUUUAA